AUGUAUGUAUGUAUAGUAUAGAUAUAUUUAGUCUAUGUUGUAAGCUUCUCGAAAGGGUGUUGUGGAUUUGUGCUUCAAAUGAUUUAAAUGAAUCCCAGCGUGUUUUGAAAGGAGCUCUGCCUUUUAAUCUGGUUUUGCAGCAGAAGCCAAAAUGCUGCGCUUCCUCAGCCGGAGAGGCCGCUCAUCAAGCCAGAACAGAAACAAACAAGGUCAGAAAACACCUACAAAUAAAAACUUGAUACAAUGUAAAGUAAUGUUACUAGAUGAUACUGACUUGUCUAUUAAUUUGUCCAAGAAAGCCAGUGCUGUGGAUUUAUAUGAACAAGUAUUUUAUUCACUUGACUUAAUUGAAAAAGAUUACUUUGGUUUGCAAUUUACUGACACAAACAAUGUAAAGCACUGGCUGGAUCCAACGAAAACCAUAAAGAAGCAAGUUAAAAUUGGCCCACCAUACACCUUAAGGCUUAAGGUUAAGUUCUAUUCAUCAGAGCCAAAUAACUUGAGAGAGGAACUUACUAGGUAUCAGUUCUUUUUACAACUGAAGAAGGAUAUCCUGGAGAGUAAACUAGAAUGCCCUCACUCAACGGCUGUAGAAUUGGCAGCUUUGGCUCUGCAAUCAGAGCUCGGGGACUUUGAUGAAGCACUGCACACCCCUGCCACUGUCUCAGAAUUCAGGUUUGUACCCAAUCAAACGGAAGAGAUGGAGAUCGAAAUAUUAGAAGAAUAUAAAAAAUGUAAAGGCCUGACUCCAGCACAAGCAGAAGUCAACUAUCUGAACAAAGCCAAGUGGCUAGAAAUGUAUGGUGUCGACAUGCAUAUAGUCCUUGGUAAAGACGGGUGUGAAUAUCACCUUGGUCUCACCCCAACUGGAAUUCUUGUCUUUGAAGGCCCUCAGAAAAUUGGUCUGUUUUUCUGGCCUAAAAUAAGUAAACUAGAUUUCAAGAAAAAGAAGCUCACCCUUGUUGUAGUUGAGGAUGAUGACCAAGGUCGCGAACAGGAGCAUACUUUCGUGUUCCGCCUCCAUAAUGAAAAAGCUUGUAAACACCUGUGGAAGUGUGCAGUCGAGCACCACACAUUCUUCCGCUUACGAGCACCUGUAAAAGGCCCAUCGGCGCGACAGAACUUCUUUAGAAUGGGAUCGCGUUUCCAGUACUCUGGGAAAACAGAGUAUCAAACAACUCAGCAGAAUCGCGCUCGUCGCACUGUUCAGUUCGAGAGACGGCCCAGUCAAAGGUUUGCUCGAAGGCAAAGUCAUGUUCUUAGGGAAAGAGAAAAACAGACCACUCCAAAAACAGAGGCCUCAGUUUCCAAUGAAGGAACAGAUGAAGUACCCAGUGUGUCUACUGAAUUAGCAAGCUUACUUCCUGAUUCUAGCCAGGGCACACUUUCUAGGAAGAAUAGUGCAAAGUCACAGAAGUCUUCUAUUCUUGAUACGGAUAUAAAACUAGCAGAAGUUGGAGAGCCAUCAACUAAGAAUCUCAUGGAUGAAGAGCCACCGAAAGAAGUCCUGGGCUCGAAAGAAGAUUCUAUAAGCAACAAAGUUUUGUUCAAGGUAGAGAAACCUGUGAUAGAGGAAAAGAAGAAUAAUCUUACCCAACUGGUUAUCAAUAAACCAACUUGCAACUGCUCUCCAGCUACACCUGUGUCAGACUCUAAUCCUCUUAAUGAUCUCCUAAUGAGUUUGGUGAAGGAGAAACUGAAUAAUGAUGAUUCUAAAAACGAAGUGAAGAGAGAUCAGUUAGACUCAGUGGGUGACAAAGAGUUUAACAACCAAGCUAAAUGUUAUCUGACAUCUACGAAGGCUCUGCCACCAGGACAGCUUAAAUGCAAUAACAUACUGAAAGCUCGUGAGAAUGAAGUAAAAAUUAUAAAUGAAACAACGAAUAUUAACUUAUCUGUGCAGUCAUCGCCAUCCCCCAAGAUUUUGAAUGAGCCUCUUGCUCAGUCUUCUCAGUAUGUGUCAAUUGUUGUUGUGGAGCCACCUCAGUCUCAAGCUAAGGUAGCAUCUCCGAAGCCAGCUCCGAGGAAAGAGGAAGUCACUCCUAAGGUUCAACCGAUAUCAUCACUAUCACCCUGGCUAGUGACAUCAGAACCUAGUUCUCCGUCCGGGAUUGGUGAAAAGGAAAUCACUAUAAUCCACCGUAAGUCCGUAAUCACUACACAGUUAUAGUUACAUUUUACUACUACCGUACUAUAUAAAUAAUAAAAUGGUAAUAUAUAACCAGGCUGGUGCACACAGAGCGAACAUACGUGCGAGGCAAUUUUCUUGCGCACAAAACAGCCAGUGUACACGUGCCUUGGCCGAGGCGGUGCGCUCAGGCGAGGAAAACGCGCACGCGGCCUCAGCCAAGGCACGUCUACACUGGCCGUUAUGCUCGCUCAGUGUGGAUGCGCCUAUUCAGAAUGAAAUCUGUUGAUUUCAGUAUUUUGAAGUAUUUGUUGUUAAGCAGAGUAUUAUUAUUGUGCCUUAAAAAUAAUGAAUAACAGUUUUGGUUAAAUAUGUACUUAUGACAAGCCCCCUAUUAAUUAUAUGUUAAAAUUACAUCAAAUAAGUAUAAGCUAGUACCAUCUUGGUACAAAGAUAAUCAUUUCGCUUUUUAAGUUUCGAAGGAAACCCAAAGCGAGACUGAUAAUUUAAUCGAAUGUCGAAUUAAAUAAUUCGGAUUUACAAUGUGUUAUCUAAAAUGCAGUAGUUUCAUUAAGACUGAAAGAGUUUUAAAAUGAUGACAACAUUCCGUAGCUAUUUAAUAUUGUGAUAUAAAUGGAAUUUUACCGUCCUAUUGAAGCAUGUUCUUAUACAUUGUUUGUGUUAUUAACAAUAACAAUAGAAUUUAGUACAAGUGAAUGUCAGUAUUAACAAAUGUAACCGUCGAUUUUCUGUAAUCAGGGGUGCCAUAAUUUUCUCACCUCUCGCAGUGAACUAUCAUAAUAAAAUAUAACCGAAUGAUUAAUAAAUGUAAACUUAUUUAAUUAUAAUAAAUUUUAAUUUUGUUAUGACUAAUGCGAUAAACUUAUAAUGAAAUAUGAGCGAAUUACAAAUUUUGUUAUGAUAAAUGAUUUCAAAUUGCUAUCUAUUUAUGA